GUCCGCUUUUCUGCGGGGAAUUGGUGCACCGCAAGGAAAGCCGGAACUUUACCCAGAAAAACUUUAAAUGCUUUUGAAAUUUAAAAUAAAGCGAAAAUUGGCACAUUUUUUCUUUAAACUUUGACUCCGUGAGCACACUGUAAAGUCCUUAUGACUCAAAUAUAACUUAAUAAAAACCAGAAUGACUAAAAUUUGUAACAGUUCUUGUUGUAAAGUCACAUUUAUUCAGCAAUAAAAUACACCGUUAGUAAUUAAUUAGCUUUUUUAUCCCUGUAUCUGUAAAAUAUAACAGUUUUUUAAAAAUCAUGAUCACGGUUAUAGUUUUAUUGUUACAUUUUAUCUGCACAACAGUUUUAAAACUCAGAUGUCCAGGUUGUUAUAUUUGAGACCUUUUGGUAUUCUUGCUUGAAAAGCAACUUGUGAUUAUUAAUGUAUUUGUAGAACUCGUAGAAUUUGAAGACAAAGUUAGAGAGACAAGGUUGAGAUGAUUUGGACAUGUGCAGAGGAAGAAUAGUGGAUAGGUUGGAGAUGAAAGAUGGACCUGCCAGGUGGGCAGAUUGCAUGCAGAGGGUUGGAGUGACAAGAGAGGUUGCUAAGGAUUGGAUGUGAUGGAGGCAAUCGGAAAAUGAUGUUGAAGAUAUUUGUGGAACCGUAUUUCAAUUUGAUCAGUUUCAAUCAGCCUGUUGGUUGAGCUUUGUUUAGUUUCUUAGGGUAAUGAUUUAAGCCUAAACUCACUCUAAUUCAGGCUCUAAAGUGGCCUGUGUUUGUGAAGUUCAGGCUCAGUUGGUUAUGUUUUGGCAGUGGAUCUGUUUGUUGGAUGUGCUGCUGCAGUGCUACACAUGUGUCUGUGCGUGUCUGUGUAUACACACAUAGACACGGCUUUUCUAAUCUGUGUCUGCACAAUUGUUCCCAAUGUUUGCACUAAGGCAGCUGAGUCAGUACAGAUAAGAGCUUGGUUUCAGAGAGGGUCCCAUAGAUACUGAGCUUGAUACUGAGGAUGUUAGAGGAAAUUCACUUAGAAUUCCCCCUCAAACUCAGUUUAACCAUAUGGAAUGCACUGAUUCACAGUUUAAAUAUUGGAAUGUUCAUAAACUAUAUGCUGUUCUUUUUAAAAAACGAUAGGCCUGCAACAUUAAAAUAUCUUCUAACACGUGCUAAAAAUGCAAAUACACAGAACUUGUGAUCUUUCAUAGGUUUGUAAAAAAUUUCAGUUAUUAGUAAUAAUACGUGUAGUUGCUAGUGGGCUGAAAGGACAAAGCCGCUGUAAAUACCUGUGUAAUCACAGGAACGGGCCAGUCAUUUCUGCUCUUUGGUGGUGAUAUAAAUACACACUUUAAAGAGUCAGCUCACAUAAAAAACACACACACAAAAAAAAAACAGUUGAUGUCAAGGGGAACAAAUGCUGUCAGCUUUUUGCUUUUCCUCCUGUGUCCAGAUCAUUUCUUAUGUAAUGCAGUUCUGGUAUAUGUAAACUUAACUCAGCUGCAGGUUUACUGCAUUGGUGAAGAGUGGAGCAAACUGUGUCUUGGCAUAAGCUGUUUUUAUUGGAACUAUUUCUUGGGUAUAAAGUAGUUCCAACAAAAACCAUCAGGAGAGGCUUGCCUGUGCUUGCAAUUAGUUUACUAACUUGACCACUGAUAAUUUCCCCAUACUAAUCCUUGAGAUGUUUUUGAAGUAAUUCUGAGAAAUGAAGGAAAGUGCUAACGGAAGUACGAGAAGAAAGAGCAAAUUGAGGAAAUCUGGGCUGACCAAAAAAAGAUUUGAUUAGCAUUCGCAGCAACAAGUUUACUUGUGGCCAUUGAGUGUGCCAUCAGCACCAUAUUACCUGGCCAACAUUCCUCUGACCCCAGAAACAGCCCGGGACCAAGAGAGGCGAAUCCGCAGAGAGAUCGCCAACAGCAACGAGCGUCGGCGUAUGCAGAGCAUCAAUGCUGGAUUCCAGUCACUUAAAACACUCAUCCCACACAGCGAUGGAGAGAAACUCAGCAAGGCUGCCAUCCUGCAACAGACGGCAGAGUACAUUUUUACUUUGGAGCAGGAGAAGACACGUUUAUUGCAGCAGAACAGUCAGCUCAAACGAAUCAUACAGGAGUUAAGUGGUUCCUCCCCCAAGAGGAGGCGUGCAGAGGAGAAAGAUGAAGGGAUUGGCUCACCAGACAUCCUGGAGGAGGAGAAGACCGAGGACUUACGAAGGGAGAUGAUCGAGUUGAGACAGCAGCUGGAGAAAGAACGUUCAGCCAGAAUGAAUCUGGAAGAACAGAUGCGUUCCCUGGAUGCCCAGUUGUACCCAGAGAAGCUGAAGGCAAUCACCCAGCAGUUCCAGGAGCAGCAGGCCCAAACGCAGAGCCUUGUCCGUCUGCAGCAGCACAAACAGCUGGAGAGGGACCUCACUCCAGCCCACAGCCCACAGGUGUUGGCCCCUGCUACUCCCCCAGCACCUACACACCACGCUACAGUCAUUGUUCCUGCACCUGUCCAGACUCCUCAGUCCCACCAUGUUACUGUGGUAACCAUGGGCCCAGCAUCAGUUAUCAACACAGUUUCCACAUCUCGACAGAACCUGGAUACCAUCGUUCAGGCAAUCCAGCACAUCGAGGGCACCCAGGGAAAGGGUGGCGCCGGGGAGGAAGAGCAGAGGAGGGCGGUCAUCGUCACUUCGGGACGUGUCCUCUCUGACGCGGCAGGCUCAGACACAGCCUCAAACAGCGACGGGCCGGAUGACUGUUCACUGCCUUGAGUUCAUCCUUGACAUCUUACGUACCAUACACUCACAUGCACGCACACACCUACACACAAGCCCCAAGCAGAGCAGGGCUACGGGAGCCUACAAACUCACAGCGCUCUUGUUCAGUGGAAAAGUCUGCUAGUUAGAUUGAAGCACUUGUUGUUUUGUUUUCUUUAUCAAUAAACGUCAUGUUGUACCGUGAUAGGCAGCCCUUAUGGUUUACACUUAGACACUCAUACACACAGUCUCUUCUGUUUUUUUUUUUUCUUUCCGCUGCUUAUGUCUAGCGCCGAUCCUUCAUUCACUCACUUACACAAGCUUUCUUCGUUAAACUAUAGAAAGACAAAUAGAGCGACUACUUCACUGACUAUAAAUGCUCUGUUUUACUGGAUACUAGAACUUUCGAAUGUCAACUAAACAUUUCCAUUAACUACCAGGACUGUUAUCUCUCUGUGCGGCCCUGAAGCCGAAAAAGGAGACAAAGUCAAUGAAGAGCCCAUUGGUGUGGCGUCACCACCCCCACACCAGAGCAAUUUUUUUUUUUCCCCUAAGCUGAACAUCCUUUAAACCUCCCUCGGUUCCCGAUCCAACUGAGCUGUAUGGAGAGACACUGUGAGCUAAAAAAAGACUGUCCUAAAGUUCCACCUUUUAGGCUUUGUGUUGAGAGAAUGUGUUAUUUUACUUUUGUGAAGUCUACCUUUUCAUGCUGUGUUUCUCUUAAAAUUCCUCUAACAACAGGUUGAUGAGAAUUUCAAAGCUGUUUUUCAUGGCUGACUGGUGCUCACAGGAAAUGAAGCGAAGCUCGAAAAGAGAGUGCACUUACUGGUUCAAAACGCUAUUUUAUUUUUCUUCUCAUGUUGUUUGUUUGUUGCCAUUUUUGCUGGGCUGGGAUCCCAGUAAACCCACAUAUCUUGACCCACAUGGCUUAUUCUGUUUACUCGUGGCCUGACCAAAAAAAAAGUUUUUAAAUUUCUUUUUUUAAAUUUUGCAUUUCCUGACAUCUUCCCUUUCUGAGUUUAAAAACACAUGGCUUUUAAAAUAAGCUAUUCUUUGGGCCCCUGUUGAGUAACUGUCACAUAUGUGUCUCUUUUAGUGUUUUGAAUCAGCGAGGCUUAGCGGUGCUCCGGACUCUGGCAGUCUGCAGCAGACCCGCUUUUGCCUUGAAAUUCUUGCACGUGCAAAUAUAACUUGAAUACAAUCACUUGUUUGCUCGAUCUUAAGAGCUUGUUCUAUUUAGCCCCUUCCAGUGUAGUUUGCUUGUUUGUUUUGGGAUAUGUAUCAAAGCAGAAUAUGCUUAAAAUAUGAGGAAAAUGCUCAGGCUAUAUGCAUUUCCUUAUAUUGAAUAUUUGUCCUUUAGUGCAUUUUCUGUAAAAUGUAACAUGUUUUUUUGUUUUUUUUGUUUUACAUAUUUCUGCUUACAUUUUUAUGUGUUCUGUUGCCGGGAACUCUUGGUUGACGGACAGAUUGACGAAGACAUGUAGCGGAGAGAGGCAACAGCAUGCCUUACUAAUAGCAGGUGCAGGGAGGCACUGUGAAGCCAGCCUUAACACAGCCCUGGGGUUGAGGGAAGUUUUAUUUUUUUUAUUAUUAUGAUUAUUUUUCUCUUACUUGCAUCAUUUGGUAGCCGCUGGAACCCCUUUUUGUUUCGAGCUAUCAGAUCAAUCCAGCUGGGGUGUGUUGGAAUACUGUAUAUUCCCAGUUUUUAUUUUACAGUGCUUUUUUAAAACAGGUUGCAUUCAUAUGGUCCUGAAAGAGUAUUCAAAAUGCGAUUUCUGGUUACUAGUAGAUUUUAUUAUAUUUUAGCCCCUUAAAGCCAGUUGAUUGGCAAAAAAUUUAAAAAAAAUAUAUAUACACACAAAUAUAUAUAUAUAUAUAUAUAUAUCUACAUAUAGCCACAAAGAGACGUCAACAUUCCAUAAAUUUCCUUUAACAGUUCAUUUUUCAGAAGAUUAGUUGCAUCUUUGACGCAUCCCUCCUCACCCCUUGCAUCAGUGCAUAGAUGGAGCUUCGAACCGCUGCACAGAUAAAUCGCGGAAUUGCCCUUUAAAGAAAAACUAUUGAUGUCAGCUGCACUGCGAUAAGCAGAAUUAAAUGAUGGGUUGUUUCCGAGUGCUUCUCUUGAUAGGAAAGGGGAUUCCUGGAUAUGGAAAAAGUUUGCAUGCUCUUCUGUUUGUGGAGCUCGCUUUAUUAGUUUUUGCCCUCUGUUUGCAUUUGAUCACUUUUCGCUAAAUCCCAGACAUGGUUUAUUCCCAUCUACGUUUUACGCUCUGGUUCGAGUGUUAGGAAGCAUACGCGGACAUAUCAGGUGGUCGGAUAAGUGGGGUGGGUUUUGAGGGGAUUCCAUUAAAUAGGGUCAAGAUUACAAAGCACUUACUGUACUAUAUAGGAGUUUGCUUCUUUCUUGUUUUUUUUAUAUGAAGGAGCAUCUCCUCAUUUGAAGCUCUUGAAGUUGAGUAAAAACCGCACAGCUGUGUAUCCCCCCUUUCCCUCCAUGUCCAGUCCUCCUGCAUCUUGUCCUGUCACAUUCUUUUGCAGUUUUUAUGCUGUCUUUGUUUAUCUGUUUAUAUGUCUGAUCUCCUCAGUUUUCCGCUUGUUCUCCUUCCUCUACCCGUUUUUUUUUUUUUUUUUUUAAUUUUUUUUUGUUAGACCCAUCAAUGGAUAUGGUCAUCGAGAAGCUAUUUUUUUUUUUUAAAGAGAAAAGUUUUGGGGAUAAAGAGGCUCGUGCCUUUGUAAAGACAGAAUAAUAAAGUUUGUACUUUGUUUUGUAAA